CGGCGGGAGCCCUCGGCCCCUGAGCGGGGAGGGAACAGGGAACGCCGGCGGGAGCUCUCAGCCCCUGAGCUGGAGGGGACGCCGGCCGGCCCCCGCACACUGCGGAGGGAGGCGCGGGCGGCCAUCGCCGCUUCCCGCCGGCCCGGCUGAGGCGGUUUCUCCACGCGGCCCCACCGCGGCCGCCAUUUUACACGGUGUUGGCGGCGGGAGGCGCUGUCGGUGAGGUGGGAGCGGCGCUCGCAGGUUCUGCUUCCUCAGUGAAGGGAGAGGAAGCCUGACUCUGAGGGGCUCGCAGAGCCCGGGAAGAAGUGCAAGCGAGCUGGGGAUCUGAAUCUUUGGGGCACCGGAACCAGGACUGGGAGUGCGCAGUCGCGGGUUGUUUGGGCCAGCGCUCGGGAAGGUUGCGAGCUUCACCUUGUGCCCCGGGAGAGAGCACUGAGAACAAACCUGUUAACAACAUUAAGGAGUUGGGUCUGUACACCAGUUAUCCAGGUUCAAUUCUUGUAAUUCUGGUUUUACAGUUGCUUGUGCUGCCCUUUGCAAAUUAAGAGACUUCACAUUUGAUCUAAAAAUGUUCAACUCUGCAGACAUGGUCUUUCCACUGGAAAAUUUAUUUUAUGAAAGACCAGAAAUGAGACAAAGGUAUCUAGAAAAUGAAGAGCCUAAGAAUUGGUUUAUUGCACCUGCUCCAGCUACUGCUGAAAUUCCAUCUGCAGAGGAGUUACAGAGGGAACUGGAAAAAAAGUCAGCCAACACUCAUAUGGGGGGGAGAAAGCACCAGAUGUUUAUACAACAAUGUAACAGUAACACUGAAAAAGUAGAAGACAAAUCAUCAGCACCUGUUCCUUUUGGCAUAGCCUCUGAAAAAGAAGUGCUACAAUUAAGUCUAGGAGAAAGAGAGAAAAUUAGUUUUCAGCAUGAAAGUCUGAAAAUAGUUUCAUCAUUUCUCUCUUCUGAUGAAGAUAAAUCUAAAAGAGGAAUAGAGUUUUCUCAGCAACCUGGUGCAAAUUUUUCACAAAAUAAAGUGUUAAGUAAUUUUCCGGAAAACAGUGAUGAUGAUGAUGAGAGUGUCCAUUCAGUGUUAAGAAAAAGCUUAUUUAAGAAGUCUGGUUAUACAUACAAAAAUGCAGAAUUUAAAGCUGGUUCUGUUGAUGUGAAAGAAAUUGAUGCUUGCUUAAAUACAAGUGAAAACGUGAAAGAAGUGAGAAAAGAAAGUUUAUGGAAAAAUAAUCAUCAUGCUCCAAUAACUAAAGACUCAGAUUUUACUUUGCAUAGAGUAAAUAAUGAGGACACUGUGUCUGAAAAUGGAAUUAAAUUUCAAUCAUUUUCUAAUGCUUCAGAGAUUCUGGAUAUGACAGGAACUACAGAAAGAAAAUUGGAAAUUUUGAGGGCUGUUACAGAAAUACCAACCCAAUUUAGAAGUAUUUUUAAGGAGUUCCCAUAUUUUAACUAUGCACAGUCUAAAGCUUUGGAUGAUCUUUUAUAUACAGAUAAGAACUUUGUGAUUUGUGCUCCGACUGGCUCUGGAAAAACUGUAAUGUUCGAGCUAGCUAUUACCAGAUUACUCAUGGAAGCCCCACUGCCUUGGUUAAAUAUUAAAGUUGUUUACAUGGCUCCAAUAAAAGCUUUGUGCAGUCAGCGUUUUGAGGAUUGGAAAGAAAAAUUUGGACCUAUUGGACUCACCUGCAAGGAGCUGACAGGAGAUACACUGAUGGAUGAUUUAUUUGAAAUACAUCAUGCUGAUAUUAUUAUCACUACACCAGAAAAAUGGGAUAGCAUGACUAGAAGAUGGAGAGACAAUUCUAUAGUCCAGCUUGUACGACUGUUUCUCAUUGAUGAGGUUCACGUUAUAAAAGAUGAAAGCCGUGGCGCAACGUUAGAAGUUGUGGUCAGUCGGAUGAAGACUAUUCAGUCUUCUCUUUGGCAUCUGUUAGAGAAGCAUGACACUAUUCCUCCCUUGAGAUUUGUAGCUGUUUCUGCAACAAUACCAAACACUGAAGAUAUUGCAGAAUGGCUUUCAGACAGCAAGAUGCCUGCUGUAUGUCUGAAAAUAGAUGAGGAUCAACGACCAGUGAAGCUACGCAAAGUUGUUCUUGGUUUUCCUUGCAGUGACAAUCAGACAGAAUUCAAAUUUGACUUAACUCUUAACUACAAGAUAGCUAGUAUUAUACAAACAUACUCAGAACAAAAACCAGCACUUGUGUUUUGUGCCACAAGAAAAGGAGUACAGCAGGCUGCUUCUGUUUUUGCAAAAGAUGCUAAAUUUCUACUGAGUAUAGAACAGAAACAAAGAUUACAGAGGUUUGCAAAUUCAUUGAAAGACUCCAAACUGAGAGAUCUUUUAAUGUGUGGUGUGGCUUAUCAUCAUGCGGGUAUGGAGAUCUCUGACAGAAAAGUAAUUGAAGGGGCUUUUACUGCGGGAGACUUGCCAGUACUUUUUACUACCAGCACCUUAGCUAUGGGAGUCAAUCUACCUGCACACCUGGUGGUUAUAAAAUCCACAAUGCACUAUGUUGGAGGAGUGUUUCAAGAGUACAGUGAAACUGAUAUUCUGCAAAUGAUUGGGAGAGCUGGAAGGCCUCAGUUUGACACUACAGCUACAGCAGUUAUUAUGACUCGUGUGAGCACAAGGCAGAGGUAUAUUCAGAUGUUAAAUGGUGCUGAUAUAAUAGAGAGCAGCUUGCACAGGCAUCUUGUUGAGCACUUAAAUGCAGAAAUAGUGCUACACACUGUCACAGAUGUCACUGUAGCUUUGGAGUGGAUACGAUCAACCUUCUUGUACAUUAGAGCCUUAAAAAAUCCAACUCAUUAUGGUUUUUCACCUGGAUUGGAUAAAAUUGGAAUUGAAGCAAAAUUACAAGAACUGUGUCUGAAGAACUUAAAUGAUUUAUCAUCUUUUGAUUUGAUCAGGAUGGAUGAAGCAAAUAAUUUCAAACCAACAGAAACUGGAAGAUUAAUGGCGUGGUAUUAUAUUGCAUUUGAUACAGUGAAGCAAUUUUUCACAAUUAAGGGAACUGAGACUUUAAAUGAAUUGAUUACAAUGAUCUCCAACUGCUCAGAAUUUCUGGAUGUCAAGUUAAGAACAAAUGAAAAGAAAAUACUGAACACUUUGAAUAAAGACAAGGACAAAAUAACUAUCAGGUUUCCAAUGGAGGGGAAGAUAAAAACAAGAGAAAUGAAAAUAAACUGUCUCAUUCAGGCUCAGCUGGGAUGUAUUCCAGUUCAAGACUUUACUUUGACACAAGAUACUGGCAGAAUAUUUAGAAAUGGCUUAAGAGUUACUAGAUGGUUAUCUGACUUUCUGGCAUCAUCUAAGAACAACUUUUCUGCUUUAUUAAACUCUUUGAUUUUAGCAAAGUGUUUCAGGUGCAGACUUUGGGAAAAUUCACUUCACGUGUCUAAACAAUUGGAAAAAAUUGGUGUGUCACUGUCAAAUGCUAUGGUAAAUGCUGGGCUGACGUCAUUUAAAAAAAUUGAAGACAUAAACGCAAGGGAACUUGAAUUGAUUUUAAACAGACAUCCUCCUUUUGGAAACCAGAUAAAAGAGUCUGUUUUGCACCUUCCAAAAUAUGAACUUGAUAUUGAACAGCUUCCAAAAUACAGCGAUACAUUGGCCGAAAUCUUAGUAACCGUCAAAUUAACAAACUAUGAGCAGCUACAGACAAAGAGAACAGCGACAGACUUUCACUAUGUUACACUGGUCAUAGGAGAUGCUGACAACCAAGUCAUUUUUAAUCAGAAAAUUAUGGAUUCUGUGCUUCUGAAAAAUGGAAAUUGGACAAAGAAAAUUGAAGUGAAAAGAGCUUUUAAAUCAGAAGACAUUAGUAUAAAUUUAAUUAGUUCUGAUUAUGUUGGCUUUGAUAUACAGCAAACAUAUACAGCCUUUUACUUAACACCGAAAACAGAGGGACGUAAGGUGGCUACAAAUGGAAAACUGAAAGCUGAGUCUAGACUUGAUGUAUGUUGUGGCUCACCACAAAGUCUGCCAGCAGCAAAAGUAGAUACAGGAGGCAGAUCUAAACAAGAGAUUGCUUACAAGAAAUAUGGAAACAGAGAAUGCAACCAUCGGUGUAAAAAUAAAGAUGUGUGUGGGCAUGACUGCUGUAAAACUGGAGUACCUCCAAAGUCACAGAUGAAUGGUGACACACAGUUUUCUGUGUACCUAGCUGACUUAAGGAGCAGGAACUCAAUUUCAUCUAUACCCCCAGUAAAGCGGCUAAAGAUGCAGAUGUUAACUCAAGCUCAAAAUGUGGAUCUCAAACAAUUUGGUUUUACACCCAGAUCUUCGUUGCCAGCACUGCCAAGGUCUAGCAAUAAACAGUUGUCUUUAUCACCUUCAGUGGACCAGGCAGAUAAUGUUAAUAGCUUAGGAGUAUCUCAGAAACAAAUGCAACCCUGGAAUUAUGGAAAGAGUAAUGCUUUGGACAUGGACUUUGAAAUGAGAGAUGAUAUUUGGGAUGAUAUUGAUGAUGAUAAAUUAGUAUUUGCUAGUAGCUUUGUCAGUAGAGAAUUAGAUGAGUGUGAACCCCUUUGCCAGUAUACAAGAAGCAAAGCCACAAAUAACAUUUCACAAGAUUCAUGCACAGUAGUACAUGAUGAGACCAAUAUUCAGAACUCGGAUGUUUCUGUGGUCAGUAGCACAUCAAAAGGGAAUUUAUCUGUACAGAGUAGAAAUAUAACUUUGUUCAAUGUUCAAGAAAAAAAUCACUCAAAUGCUUCUCAAGAGCUGAAAAACAUACAGUGUUCUCCUGUCUCAAAAAUAAUCUCAGACUCUUCUAAAUUCACUAGGAAAGAGGAUUUUUUUAUUUUCACAAAAGAACAGGAAAAAGAAGCGAAUCCCAGAUAUGUUCUUGAUGAUGAAAUCAGUGAUGUCAAGCCCUUCCUUGGAAUAUUUGAUGGCAUUUUGUAAAACAUAUAAACAAAUUACAUUGUAAGUGCUGGGGAAAAAAGUUACAGUCAGUUUUACAGAGUGAAGCCUUCAGUUAAGAGAAUUUGUAUACCUAUUUACCAAUAGCUGGAUUGCUGCAUAGAGUAGAUAAUAACAAAACUGGUGUCUAAUUUAUAGAAUUCUAGUAUAAUAUCUUAGUUUGAAAAGUACUUAAAUAUUUGUUUGUUGACCUUGCUGUUUUCAGGAUUAUAAAAAAAAAUAUUGGAAUGUGUCAAAGAAGAACAGUUCAUAAACUGCUAAUAACAUUAACAGUUUAAUUUAAUAACAUUAAAUCUCAUUAGAAAAAGUAAGGGAUUUGUAGUAAUAUGUUUGUAGUAACGUGCCCUGCUUCACAAGUGCUCUUUAGUGAAUGAAAGACACUUUCCUUGGAAAUCCAGUGCUUUUUGGGUUUUUCUUUCAGUUUCUCUAAUGCUGAAUUUUUCAUAGCACUGAUUCUGUAAAAUAAUUAGAUUUACAAAUAGAGGUAAUAGAAUGGUAAAUUAUUCUAGAUACUUGAUGUUCCUUUUGACAGUGCUAUGAACUUGUUAAUAAAAAUGUGUAACUUCAAGCAAAUGUGCUUCCAGAAUCUCAGCAAACCAGUUGUUAAAUGUCUGUACAAUACUCUAAAGCUCUGUUUGACUGUUCACUUUCACACCUAAGGUCAUACAAUGAUUUUAUAAUAAUAAAUAAUAAAAGGAUAUUUAUUGUCCUAAUACAGAUUUAGGCACCAAGCAUUGGAUUUGGAUAUCUUCUUGAAGCUUUAGUGUUUGAACAGUAGGCCCUGCAAGUUCAGUAGUUAGCAGAAUAUAUAAUGUUGCCUGAAAUCCAAGAGAAUGUUAAUUUUUACUGUUAAUUAUUCAAAAUAUGUGGCAUUAAAAGGUUAAAAUCACACAUGGAAUAUUAGCUGUCUGUUCUUGCAACAUUGUUUGUAGUGCAACCAUAUUUUGCUGCACUACUAGGCUGUAAUUUUAUCAGCCAAUAAACAUUUUACUUGACUCCA